AUGGAUAAUGGUGAGAUAAGUAGUAAUUUAAAAAGUAAUGUAUGUGGUGAUAUGGGUAAUGAUAUAUGUAGUGAUAUGGGUAGUGAUAGUAAAGGUGUAGUUGGUGCUAGUGCUGGUGGUAGUAGUGCUAGUAGUGGCAAUAAUAAUGAUGUCCUUGGUAGUAGUAAUAUUGCAGCAGAUACUGGCAAUCUGUCUAAUAGUGGCAAUAUUGUGGCUGGUUGCAGUAAUAUGUCUAAUAGUGGUAAUAUUGCGGCUGGUGGUAUUAAUAUACCCGAUAGUGGUAAUAUUGCUCGAAGUGGUAAUGAAAAUGGUAUGUGUAGUGGUACUCCGGCUGAGGGUGGUAUGGCUGGUGGUGCUAAUGAAAGUGCUGCUAGUUCGGCGCUGAGACAACUGGAGCAGAUUGGGCUGGAAGUUAAGCGACAGAUUGAGGAAGAGCGAGGGAAGCAAGAGAGUUUUAAUAGUUGGUUGUUGUCUAUUCAUGAUCGGAGUGGCUUAAUGACGGCGGGUGAGAGUUUGAAGGAGUACUUGAAACGAACGUUGUUGAUGGAGUAUCCGCGGCGCAUGGGCGAACAGUAUAGUACAACGAUUGAAAUUGAGAUUAAUGAGCGAGGUAAGGCUAGAGUUCAGCUGGUGAAUGAAACACUGUAUGUGGCUGGACGAUACCGCAAAACAAUCCGUGGAAUUUCUAAUACGCCGAUGAUCAUUGUGCGGCGGAGUCAAGAGAAGAAAGGAAAACGAGCGGGACAGAAACGAAGGACAAAAGGCGGCUCUAAUGGCGAUAAUAGAGAGACGUAUGAAAGUGAAAGUACAGCUAUUUCACCGUUGCUGGGUGGAUUGCAAAGUGUGUAUGAGUCGGAAAACAGUGAAGCUGGCUCUGUUUCUAGUUUUAGUGAUGCCGUCGGACAGUGUGCUACCGCGGAAAUAAGAAUGCGAGCUGUUUCUGACUGGAUUGAACCGAUCAAGCAGUACUUUGAUGGAAAAGAAGCUGUGUUUAUGUCAAGUGGCCGAGAAGAUAUAGAUGUACGAAUGCUGGGUAAAGGCCGGCCAUUUAUUGUGCGUAUUGAAAAGCCGCGGCGUAAUUUACCUCGGGCGCUAGAGUCCUUGGUAGUAGCAGUAAGUGCGACGGGUGAAGAAGUUGAGGAGCAGUGUGUUAGCAACCAAGAGAUUCGCAUUAACUACCAGAUGAGUGCAGCAGUUGAGUUGCUCGAUUUAGCACUGGUUAAAGGAAAAGAGGCUUGCCGGCAGAUGAAAGAGAUAGAGCAGACAAAGAAGAAGGAGUACCAAGUUUCAGUCAUGACAAAACUAGCACCAGAAGCAGUUAGAGCAUCUUUAGUCCAUCAAGGCUGGCUAGUAUCUCGGGCGGAAACGCCUAAUAUUUUAUCUAAAGACUUACUUACACUCCGGCAAAAGACGCCUAUUCGGGUGGUACACCGUCGAGCCAAUUUAGAAAGAGCUAGACAGGUUUACAACUGCGUGAUAGAAAUUCGACCAUCUGAUGAUCUACCCGACUGGCCAGAUAAUGGCACCCAACUAGUAGUUCACUUGGUGGCAGAUGCCGGCACGUACAUCAAAGAGUUUGUAAAUGGCGAUUUAGGCCGGACUACUCCCUCCUUAACUGAGCUACUCGGCGGUUAUUGCGAUGUCGUUGAACUAGAUGUCCUUAAUAUUGAAGCCAACUUCCCAGUACCCGAGACCAUUCUCACCCCCAUUAGACUAGUUUAA